AUGUCUGCACUUGAAGAUGAUCGCGUUUAUAUGGACAUUGAUGACGAAUGGGCAUUACAAGACAUUACCUCACAAAUUGCUCAGUUUAGAAAGGAUAUUGCGCUGGAAACGCAAUAUGAGAAGCACGCUAAAAAAUCAAACUUAAUUGUCAUUAUGCCCUGGAUUGUCUUAGAAGAACUUGAUGGUUUAAAAAGCAGAUCGAAUAACUCAUAUGCCAAUUCUUCUAAAUUAAAUCAACUUGACGUGUCAAAUUUGGCUCAAAGGGCAAUUUCAUUUUUACACAACUGUUUGGCCGAAAAACAUGACGGAAUACGCGGUCAAAAAAUACAUGAAAAAAUUGAAAAGCCCAAGGCUUGUGGUUCGGAUGGAUUAUUGGAAAAAAUUUUGUCUACUGUCAAUUCAUCCCCAGACACAGUACUGUAUAAACAAAGUAAUUCAGUGAUACAAUGGCCAAAUGUAAACGAAUUAGAAACUAAUGUACGAGAAAAUCACAAUGGACUUAACGUAGUUUACAAUAUAAAAGAAGAGCCUGAAUGCUUUGAUACCGAUACAAUUAUGAUGGACUGUGAUGAUGCAAUGCAAAAGGCAACAUCAUUUUCUCAGAAUGUAAUACCAGAAUCUUCCGAAGUAAUAACGAGUUUGCAGACUCCACAACCAUCUUAUUCUAGACCACCAUUAUAUUCACAUGAAAAUCAAUGCAAUCCAUCAUAUUUGUCACUGUAUGAUUCCAUUCAUGCUCCAGACAAUCGAGGUAAAAAAUUGGAAGUAAACAAUCAGAAGAAUAAGGAUGCAGUAACGAAAAAAAUAAUACCAUCUACGGUUCAUUCAAAUCCUAAAAAGUUCUUGAUGGAUGAUGAUGAUACGAAACGGAUUUCAGAAUCAUAUACGACAACGCAUGGAUGUAUACCUUCUAAUGUCAUUCAAAACUCACCAUUAUCGCCAUCAUAUUCUAUACAGGCAUCUUAUUCUCCUUUUUCUACACAAGAUGAACUUAAGCAUAAUUCUUCUCUAUAUGCAUCUAUUCACGCACCGGAGAAUUUGGAUGUAUUUACCAAUCAUAAAACAUCAAGUACAAGUCAUACUAAUAACAAAAUGAAUCGGGAAGCAGAUGUAAUAUCAAUGAUGCUAUUUACAACACCAUCAGUUUCUAAGAAAUUGUUGACCAAAACUAUUGAAACUUCUCAUAAACGCCUUGUGAAUAAAAUCAUGGCAAAUCUCAGCAAUGCCCUUCCACCUGCUAUAUUAUUUCAUUUUCAAGAAUAUCGCUAUUGGAUGACAGUUUUUUCCGAUGUAUUUCAUCAAUCUCGCAAGAUAAAAGAAGUUGUCAUAACUAAUGUACUAGAUUUCCUGCGUAUUUACCAACGCUCAGACGUUGCUGAUCUUACCAUACAAGAAGUUAUGCAUUUCAUACAAAAUUCAGAAUUAAUAUUAAAGAUGAUUUAUGAUGACAUUGAGGAAACGAUCGAUUCAGCCG